AAUUUUAAAAAUUCUGUAAAACAAAUUAACGAAAAAAUAAUGCAGGGAAUCAAAUUCAAAACGAAUAAACAACAAUUUGAUUUGAAAAAAUCCUUAUCAAAAUUAUUUGAUUAUAAACGUGAUUGUUUUAGCCGAUUACGUGCAUUAAAAUCUAUUUGUGAUGCAAAAGAAAUUAAAGAUGUUAAAGAAACAUUCACCAGUAAUUAUUCUGUUAUCUAUUCUGUUUUUCAUGAAACAUUUGUCAUAUUGGAUUCGGUUAAAUUUAAUGGACAUCGAAAAAAUACCACCGAAGAUGAUCGAUUAUUAUUCUAUAUAUUUGAAAAGAUAUUAAUUCUUUUACCGGAAAAACUAGAAAAAAAAUGGCAAAUGAACAGUUUAAUAUUUAUAUUUCGAAAAUGUUUACAACCAAACAAUCUAUUGCCUAUUCGUUUGGAAGCGAUGCGUUUAUUUCUAAUUUAUUAUCAAAUUCUUGGUGAAAUAAAUGUUCGACAAAAUCCACAGAUUGAAUUUCUUUAUGCAUCACUAAUUCCUGGUAUUGUUUUGAAUGAUACCAUUUUAAACAAUCAAUAUCUUGCCGAAUCACCAUUGAUCGAUCCGAAUCAAAUAAAAUAUUAUGGUAUUCGUCCAUUUCCUAUCGAACCUUUUAUCAUAAAUAUUGAACAAUCAUUAAGUUCAUUGCAUAGUAAUUCAUCAUCAUCAUCGGGAACACAUGCAAACAACAUUAACAGCUAUCCUAAUUACGAAUAUAAACAAUAUACAAAAAUAUUCUUCACUCAACAUUUAUUAGAUUUUUCAAUAUCACAAUGUGCAAAAAUUUAUUGGCUUGAUCAUCGUGAACGUCGCCAUCUUCGUGGAUUUGAAUUUCUUUUUUCAUCGUUUGCUCGAAUUUAUUUGCCUUAUAUUUUUCCAGUAUUGGCAGCAAAAAAUCCUAAUGAAAAUGAAUGGAAUGAUUUUACCAUAAGGUUAUUGAUAUCGAUUUACCAUCCACCGAAUGAAUUGCCUAAAUUAAGAAGAUUUCGUGACCAUUAUUCCAGUCAAAAUGAACAUGUGCCUUUUUUUCAAGCUGUCGUUAUUCAAUGGAUAGCCAAAUAUUUACUGGGUAAAGAAGGUGCCAACAAUUCAAACAAUAGCCAAACGGCAACAUUAACUCCUACAAAUUCAUUCACAGAUUCAUUUUCUAAUAAUUUGUCCAAAUAUUCAAAUUCACAAUCAAAUUUGUUACAUUCAUCAAAUAGUUUAUUGUCACAAUCAUCAUCAUUAUCUUUGUUUAAUCAAUCAUCAUCGAAAACUUUAUUAAACAAUCAACAAAACACACCAACCAGUCCAACAUUUGAUUAUGAAAGUGAAUUAUUUCGUUUAUUAUUAAAUUCAAGAAGAUUCUAUGUUGAUCUAAUACUAAAUCUUUUUCAUCAAUCAUUUUUAUGGCCAUUUCAUGAAGAUCUUACUACAACAAUGCGUGAUGUGAUCAAAGUAUUUCGACAAUGGAUCUAUAAAGAAAUUGGUAGUCCAUUGCCAUUAUUUUUAGCCGAACCUACAAAUAAUAUUGGUAAUUUAGCAAAUUCACCCUUAAGUUCAAAUCCGAAUUUGAUAAUUUCAUCACAUUUAUCAAGUAAUGAUGAUAAUGUAUGUGCUGGUUAUAUGAAUAUGAUGAAUAUAUUUAUUAUGUCAUCAUCGAAUGUAUUCUUAUUGGAAGUUCCAUCCGAAAUGGCUUCAAUACUUGAUAAACAAGUUGAUGUUUCGAAACGGGUAUUCAAUAUAUAUCGAUAUAUGGUUAUGAAAAUCGAAAUGGAACGAAGUGUUUGGGAAAAUCUUGUUCAAGUAUUGAUUCGUGUUACCGAAUGUAUUAUCAGUACAGAAUUGCCAGCAAAACGUGAUGAUAAUCUUGGUGGUCGUUUAGCACCAGCACUUUUUCAAACAUUAGUUGUCACAUGGAUUAAAGCCAAUCUUAACAUACAGGUAUCAAAUCAACUUUGGGAACAAUUUCAUCAACUUGUUUCAUCAUUAACCAAAUGGGAAGAAUUGAUCAGUGAAUGGAGUAAUACAAUGUUUAUUUUAAAUCGUGUCAUGUCACGUUAUGUAUUUCAUAUUAAUCUUAAUGAAUUACCAAUGGAUAAAACAAUUACUGAUCGUAAACGUGAAUUACGAAAUAAACCUAGAUUACAUCAUAUUCGUAGUGUUAGUUCAGCACAGCAGUCACAACAACAGCAACAGCAGCAACAAUCUAAUGAAACGACAAAAAUUAAUCAAAAUCAACCAUUACAUUCAUCAUCAAAUCAAAAUAACACCCACCAUUAUCAACAACAACAACAACAACAGCAUCAUGAUCAAAAUAGUCGAACAUCCAAUUAUCCGGAUUCCAUGAAAUGUGAUUCAUCUAAAGUUCCAGUUCAACGUUUGCUUAGCAAUGAUUCAACAAGUGAUAAUAUUAAUAGUUCUCGACAGCAACGAAUUGGACGUCAACCAAAAAUAUCAACACCAUUUUUAUAUUCAGUUUCAGUGAAUCGUCAUCGUGAAUAUCAUAAAAAUCAACUAAUAAAUCGAUUUAUAAAACGUAGCCUAUCGGAUAGUUGUCUGGUAAUGACUGUACAACAAUCAUUAUGUCCAAUUCGUACACCAGCACAAUCUAAAAUUCCUUUUGGAAGACGUUCCUAUAAAUCAUCAUCGGCAUCAGGAAAUCGACAAAAUUCAAAGAAAAAUCGACAUAGAUCAUCAAUAUUACGUAAUAAUAAUCUACCAAUGAUUGAUGAUGAAAUCGAUGAAGAAUUAACUAUUGGUAUUGGUGAAAAUUUUGAUUAUCAACCGGAUUAUUAUAAUGAUAAUAGCUAUAAUGAUAUGUCCGAAGAUAUUGAUGAUACUAUUUUAAUGAACGAAUACUAUAUGAUAGAUUAUCUAAAAAGAAAAACUUUAUUUCGAUCAUAUUCUACAAACGAUAUUACUAUUAUGCAUUCAGCACAUCGUCACAAUAUUGUCCAUCCUAAUCAUCAUCAUUAUCAUCAACAUUCAGGUCAAACAAAUGGAUCUGAUUCGAUAGCUGAUACAUUGAGCUUAGGUGCAUCAUAUAUGGGUGCAGUUGGUGAAUGUAAUAGUUUGAAAGAAACACCAUUAACAUUUGAUUCAACAUCCGCGGCUUCUACUUGUAGUUCAUCAAUUACCGAUCAACAAAUGUCUUUUGGAUCAUCGGAAAGUGGUUCCGUUUCGAAUAAACAUUGUAUAGAUACGAAUCCAUUGUCUAACCGACCAGUAUUAUUGGGCGGACAAUCUCGUGGAUGGAAUGCCGAAGCUGCCGCUAUACUUUGGCGAAGAAUGUUGGAAAUACUUGGUGAUCCUAAUGAUAUCCCAGAUCCUAAUCUUCAUCGAAUGGCAUUCGAAUGUCUUGCAAAAAUUACAGAAGAUUUUACUAAAAUUCGUGACAACAUAACAUAUCUAAAUGCUGCUUCUUCUCAUCAAUCGGGUGAAAAUUCUGGCCAAUUAUUGGUUCCAUCAUUACAUUAUUAUACCUCAUGGUUAUUUCGGGCAACAACAUUACCUCAAGAAUAUAAAUCUGGUCGACUUUUAGCAUAUAAAUUACUUUGCAUGAUUGCCAUGUAUCGUUCGGAACAGGAAUUAAGUAAAGAAUUUUUGAUUCUUUUCUAUUUAGCAUUGAAACGUGCUAUUUUAUCUUAUGAAAUGGAUUUAAUCAAUAUCAUUAUCAAAUAUUGUGGAUCGAAAUUUUUUUCCGCUGCACUUUGGGGAUCUUCCUGUUUAUUGUUUCAUUUUGUUAGCGCAGCUAAUGUUGUCAUCGGUUCACCCGAAGUUAAAACGUAUCCACGUAUCGAAUCACUACAAUUACUUGGAUCAUUGAUUGGAUUUUUUGAUGUAUUUAGCAAUGUACUUUGUCUUCGAAUGUCCACUGAUACACUUAGUCUUGAACCAUAUACUGAUCUUAAGGAUCAUGUAAUUGAAAUAUUAAUUGGUGCAAGUAAACGAGAACAAACAGGAUUAGGACGUGUCAUAUCAUUUUGUAGUCUUGGUAUAUUUUUAUAUCGAGAAUUCAUAAAAGGAUCCGAAUUUAAUCGUAUCAAAGAUAUUAUAAACAUUUUAGUUGCUGGAACAAGGAUAUCGGUUAAACGAGCCAAAUCGGCCGCUUCACCAACACGACCAAUAACGCCAAUUAAUGUUGCCGACGCCACCAACACCACGAUCAACACGGCUGCUACUGCUGCUUUCAAUAGCCAAACGGCUGAUAAUUCGAAGUUUAAUAAUCGUUUAAUUUGUCGAGUUGCUUGUGACAUGUUACGAUUGAUAGCUGAUCAUUCACAUUAUCUGAUGAACAAACAUCCAGAUCUAGCCAGACGUAUAAUCGAAGGUCUUUGCUAUACAUUCGAGCUUCAUAUCGAUGUUAUCAAACAGAAAACUUUGUUGAAAGAUUUCAAAAAUCUUUUGCUUUGUAUCAUGUUUUGUCUUUCACAUUGGUGUAUGUCGGUUAGCAAAGAUUUUCUUUUGAAUACAUUCGUAUCCGACGAUUAUCCGGGAAAAAUUUUACAAUCAAACGAAAACGAUAAUCGAAAAUAUUCAGAUGAAUCAUCAAAAAAUCAAAUUAAACCAUGUUUACUUGAUUUGGUCAUUUCCUUAUAUGUUUCCAUAGUGAAUCUGGAUCACGUUGCAUUGGUUAAAAAUCAAUCAUUAAAUUCUCCAACUUCAGAAGCAUUGAAAAAUUCACCACAAGUAGGUGAUAUGGAAACAAUGGAUUAUACUAUUAUGAAUUCGUCAAAUUCAUUUAAAAAUGAAGAUAUGUUAACUGCUGCUAUGAGCGAUCGUCAUCAUGGUCUAACAUCAUCGUUUGAUCAGCAAAUUGAAAAUGCUUCUACAUUGAAAAAAGCAGCUCAUCUAAUUUUAUUACAUUUUAUGAAUUUUAUGGGUCAUUUUCCAUUGCCUAAAUUACGAACAGCAUCAUUAAGUGCAUUGAUUAAUGAAAAUGAUGAUAAUCCGUAUGUUUCAUCCGCACAAUGUGACAAAGUUGAUUAUGAAUCUCUCAACGCUCCAAAUGUACUUGUGUUCACUAUUAAUGAUACUUGUUUGAUGUCAUUUGUUGAAUUACCUAUCGAAGCAUUUGAUUCUUCCAUAUGGACAAAACUUUUAUCAUCCGCCUCAACUGAUACAUUCAAUUUGUUACCCGCCAAACCGAUUCGUAUAAUUAUACGUAAUGUUUUGGGCAAAUUUGCAUGGGAUUCAAUAAUGCUUGCAUCACCAUUAGUUCCUGAUAGAAAUUCUAUUAGUCGUCCAUUAAGUUCAUUAGCGAGCGAUCAAUCAGCUAAAUCAACAAGUCCAGAUUUGGCUGAUGAAGAAGAUGAAAAAGCAAUGAAUUGUUACAAGAAUUCUCUGGCCAAAGAUAGCCUUGAGCUUUUAGUGAAUUCAAUAUAUGAAACCACUCCUGAAUGUCGUCCAAAAGUUUCGGUAACAAAUGAUGAUUUUUUACAUUCAUUAAAUCAAAUGCCUGAAGCAGUUGAUACAUUAGCAUUGUUAAUUAAUCAACAUUUCCAAGAAUCUCAAUUUAAUGAAGAUCCAGAAUUUAAUAAUCGUCAUUAUAGAGCCAAUCAAGAUCAAUCAUCACCCGACAUCGUAUCGAUCGGUAAUAAUGAUGCCGAUUCUUCAAACGAUUCAAGUUGUACUGAUCUUUUGGAUCCGGUCAAAGCUUUUCAAUAUUGUCGACAAACAAUUGAACAAUUUGGAUUCCUUUCAUGGGAAAAACGUAAACAAAUUGAAUUGUUAUCGAAAAGUCAAUCAACUGUUCGUGAAUUACGUCAUUUAGACAAUCAACAAUUUCGUGAUCAACAUAAGAUUGCCGUCAUUUAUGUGGGUCCUGGCCAAGAGACACGUGAAAGUAUACUACUUAACAAAUCUGGAAGUCGAGCUUUUGAAGAAUUUGUCUCUCGACUUGGUUGGGAAGUUAACCUAGCUACUCAUGCUGGUUUCAUGGGUGGUUUACAAUCCAAUCUAAGUACUGGAUUAACGGCACCAUAUUAUGCUGAUUCAUUCAAUGAAGUUAUAUUUCAUGUUUCUACUCGUCUUGAACCAGUCAAUAAUGAAUUUAAUGGAAAUGCUAGUCAACAACCAUCGAUUGACAAACAAUUGAUGAAUAUGAAAAUGAGACAUUUAGGAAACGAUGAAAUACAUAUUGUUUGGUCAGAACAUUAUAAAGAAUAUCGACGAAGUAUAUUAGCUACUGAAUUCGGUGAUGUUUUGAUUGUUAUUUAUCCUUUGCCUGCAAACACAUUUCCAAAUUUAUUUCGAAUUCAGAUAAUGCGUAAAGCAGAAGUUCCAUUUUUUGGACCUCUUUUUCAUGGUGCUGUCGUACAUCGUGAUGAAUUGACCGGUCUAGUAAGAGCGACUGCCAUUAAUGCAUCACGUGGAAAACGUUUAAAUAUGGAUGAAUAUAAACCAUAUUUUGAAACUCGUUAUGAUACUAUUAAAAACUUGGUCACCAAAUAUAAAGAUCCUACGAUUUUUGAAGAAUUUGCUAAUCGUAUCUACGCUCCACGUUAUGAUCUGUUACAUAGUGAAAAACUUUAUGCAACAUAUGAUCUAACAAAAUUGAUGGAUUCUGGUUUUAUAACAUUGGAAGACUUUAUUCAAUGUACAAUGCAACCGAAUCAAUCAUUUGCAUCAAUUCCAUCAACACCUCAUUCGAUGACAAAUGAGCCUACUUCACCAGCAUCCUCAACAAUGUCAUCGGAAAUCUCAUUUAGUCAACAACAAUAUCAAUCAAGAACACCGCAAUCACCUUCAAUACAAUCACCAUCGGUGAUGGAUUCUCCAACAUCAAUGAUGAUGCCAUUCAAAAUGACAACAGUUUCUGGUCAUCAUCCUGUUCCUACUUCCGCAUCAUCAAAUAGUUCGGGAACUUCAUUACGAGGAUUACGACCAAAUAGUCGAAGUUCAUUUAAAUAAUGAAUAUUUUAAUUAUUAUUAUAUUUUGUAAUAAAAAAAAAUGAAUAAAAAUAAUUUUAUAUGAUA